CUAUAAGGCUGGCGAGCGUAGCCCGUCGCUUAGACAGCCCGCUGUGCUAUCUGUGUGUGCGCGCGCGUGCGGCCGGGCGUAUCAUGUUGCUCUCGUCCUGAUACCGACGACUGCGUCUGACGCAUCGCGUCGUAAACUCGGCCGAUUAAUUUUUUUAUGUAUUCAUCUCGUCAGUGCGCGUGGACUCGAAACAUUUUGCGAUCGUCUGAACAUUUUAUUUAAUGUUUCGGGAAAUUUAAUUCAACCGAGGUAUUUGAACCCGAUUUUAUUGAAUUUAUAGUGCAAACUCUUUAUCAUCGAUGGAUAUCCUGAAAACGACGAUAUUUUCUCUGAUUGUGGCUUCCAGUUAUGCGCUGCCACCUCCAUGCCCUAGCGACAUCUACUGCCACGGCGAGCUGCUGCACACGGUGCAGAUGGCCUCGCUGUACCAGGACUCCAAGACGUUCGUGGACAUGAAGCUGCGCCGCUCGCCGCGCGAGACGCUGCAGCAGUUCCGCGCGCUCAUGCAGCGCACGGGCAGCCGGCCGUCGCGCGACCAGGUGCACCGCUUCGUCAACGACUCGUUCGAGCCGGAGGGCAGCGAGUUCGUGCCGUGGGACCCGCCCGACUGGGUCGAGCAGCCGGCCUUCCUGGCGGGCGUGCGCGACUCGGAGCUGCGCCGCUGGGGCCAGCAGCUCAACAACCUGUGGAAGCUGCUGGGCCGCAAGAUCAAGGACGAGGUGCGAGACGACCACGACAAGUACUCCAUCAUCUACGUGCCCAACCCGGUGAUCGUGCCCGGCGGACGCUUCCGCGAGUUCUACUACUGGGACUCGUACUGGAUCGUGCGCGGCCUGCUGCUGUCCGAGAUGCGCCACACCGUCAAGGGCAUGCUGGAGAACUUCCUGUCCAUCGUGGACGAGUACGGCUUCGUCCCCAACGGCGGCCGCAUCUACUACAGCAUGCGGUCGCAGCCGCCGCUGCUCAUCCCCAUGGUGGACAGCUACGUGGAGUCGGCGGACGACGACCAGUUCGUCAGGGACCACAUCCACACGAUGGAGAAGGAGUUCCAGUACUGGCUGACCAACCACACGGUGGUCGUGGAGAAGGACGGCAAGUCCUACAGGUUGGCGAGGUACUACGACGCUUCCGACGGGCCCAGGCCGGAGUCCUACAGGGAAGAUUUCCAAAGUGCUAUGAUAUUCAAGACUGACGACGAGAAGCAAAACUUUUACUCGGAGCUCAAGGCGGGAGCGGAAUCUGGGUGGGAUUUCUCAAGUCGAUGGUUUAUUUUAAACGCUACCAAUAAAGGCAACCUGACAAACCUGAAGGUGCGCUCAAUCAUUCCGGUUGACCUGAAUGCCAUCUUGUACUGGAACGCGAAGAUCCUGUCGUCGUUCUACCACCGCAUCGACAUGCCGGACAAGGCGGUGGAGUACAUGAACGUGGCCCAGGAUUGGCUGCAGGCGGUCACGGAUGUGCUGUGGCACGAGGAGGUGGGCGCCUGGCUCGACUACGACACGCUGAACGAGGUGAAGCGAGACUACUUCUACCCCACCAACAUUGCGCCACUGUGGACGGGCUGCUACCACCCGGCCAGCACGGGAAACACGCAGGUCGCCAAGAUACUCAAGUACCUGGACAAAACCCAGGUGAUGAUCAACCUGGGCGGCAUCCCGGCCACUCUGGAGCACUCGGGCGAGCAGUGGGACUACCCCAACGCCUGGCCGCCGCUCCAAUACAUCAUGAUCCUGGGCCUGGAGGCCACGGGCGACGACUGGGCCAAGGAGCUGGCCUUCCAGAUCUCGGAGAAGUGGGUGCGCUCCAACUACAAGGCCUACAACGAGAGCCUCGCCAUGUUUGAGAAGUACGAUGCGACGGUGCCGGGCGGCCACGGCGGCGGCGGAGAGUACAACGUGCAGGUGGGCUUUGGCUGGACCAACGGCGUGAUACUGGAGCUGUUGCACAAGUACGGCGGCCGGCUGUCGGCGGAGGACCGCUUCGUGGAGGAGCGGCCGCCGCCCGGCACGGCGACAGCAGGAGUGUCCACCAUGGGCCAGGUGCUGACGCUGGUCGUCGCACUGCUCACGCCCCUCGCCGUGGGAUGCCUGGGGAUGAUUAUGUACCGGUUAAAGAAGAGGACGGACGCAAGCUACGCAGAUGGCAAGAAGACAUUUCCUAAGCUGCUAGGAGGUUACAUGGAGCUCAAAGACAUGGGGUUUGAUUGACGAAGCAUGCAAACUAGGUGCGCCAAGGUGCAUUGGAUGGCGUUGGUUCAGAUCUUAGUGAAAUAUGUGACUGAUCAGUUUCUGAAGAAGUGGAAAAUGGAAAGAAACUUAACACAUAAUAUUUCCACCAGAAACAUAGUCAUGAUCAUCGAUAAAGUACGAAGUAUUAUGGAAAAUAAUCAUUUCAAAUAUAUGAUGUGUUUGAGCUCUCUUUAGAUGUAAAUGUGUGUUAUGUGUGAUGUAGAAUACUGUAAUACUUUGACCAAAAUAAGUAUUUAUGACUUGGCGUUGUUGUUGAUGAGAGAAUUCAUAAAUUUAGUUUCAAGAACAUAUCACCAUCAUUGUGAUUUUUUUUUCAGCAAUAUUUAAUGUGUAAUAAUUCUUGUGUUUACUGUACUGCUCUCUGUUUUACCGGUUUGUGAUAUUUAGUGCUAUUCAAAACCCUGAAAAUACCUGUAGAUAUAUAUUGGUAAAAUAAUUUUAUAGUAUGCUAAUUUUGUGUUUGAAUGGUAUUAUAUAUUAAACGUGUCCUUCUUAAAAUAAUUUUUUAAAUGCCAGGCAUUUAACUCACUCAGUGAUCUAUGUAACUAUGUUACAAUGUCUUAACUAAAUAUUAUUUUCGCCUGAGCAUUUUUAUUUAUUUCUAUAUGAAGAAAAACUGUUAACAAUAGCUUAUUCUAUUGAUGUACAAAACAGCUUGCAUAAGUAAGUGACCCAUCCCUUAAUUGUAUGGGGAAUGUUUCCAUUUCCACCAGUAUUGAAAUGAAAAAGUUUCCUUAGUUUGGUCAGGUAGUCAUUGGCUAAGGUGACACCAGGCAGAAUGAAGGCGGCGGCUGUGUGCAUGCCUUAGACAUGUUCCUAGCUAGUGAGAAGAAUGUACCUAUGUCGUGAAUGGAAGAGUGGUCGUGAUGUGACACAAUGGAUGAUAUGGGGAACAGGUGAGAUUACUUAUUUAGUGAAUGGUCUCGGUUGAUCAUGACAAGUGAUCAAAUUGGUGAUUGAAGAGAAGAAUAAUAAUAUGUAUUGGCUACUAGAAAAUUGAACGAUAUUGAAUUCAAUGUGUUCAUGAUCACCAAUCAAUGAUUAUUCAAAUCACCAAGUUAAAAAAUACCACUAAUUUUAGACUGUGUAUUUUAUCAAUUAAUUUAUUUAUGUAUGUAUCGAUUGUUGUUUUGUGUGAUGGUAGUCAUCAGCAUUUUACCAACAGCAUCUUGCACACAUGUACCAAAUUUCUACUGAAUACCUUGGUUUUAAGAAAAUACAGGUAUUCAUUAUACCCCCUUACACUUCUCUGACCCCCUUAAUUUGUUGCCUUGACUGACAUUACGUGGACGACCAACUAACUAACAUAUCGCUCAUGGUACCCAACAUGUUGUGAUUCAACCAUCCUGGUAAUCUAACCUUGCAACACUGAUUACAAUGCAGAAGUAGUAGUUAUUUUUGUACAAUGUCGUUGCUUGCCAAGCACUGUCCUAAUUCAGACAAGAAGCGGAUCUGUGAUAAAUUUGGUACCUGCGUAACAACUUUCAUCUUGCAUUAGUAAACAAUUGCACGGUUCUCAGGGUAUUUUCAGUGUUGCAAGUCUUAGAAUUAUUUCUGUAUGUGUUAUGUACUGUUAUUGGUUUCAAAUCUAAGUUGUGUUUCACAAUUGAUACCAGUCAGGCAUAAAAAUGUUACACUCCCAACAGACUUGAAACACACUUUUAAACAAAAUGAAUCUAGGAUUUGAUUAGAUAUAUUUUUUUUAAUGCAGUUAAUAAUUUGCCAUUUGAUUCCAUUGCUAAAAAUUCUUUAAAGUUAUGUCAGUUUAAUGACAUGACAUUUUUUUUGUCACAUUGCAAUGCACAGGUUUUAAAACUUGCUGAAUUAUAGUGCACUCCAAACCAUUUGUUGACCUACAAGGUGUUUGUUAAUUCAGUUGCGAGUCGUAGGGCGGGGGGGGGGGGGGGGGGGGGGUGUUUAGUCAUGAACCAUCAUUCGUCCAGCCAACAAUCCAUAAGAGCAUGAACUUAUAGAACCAGGGCCCAUAAAUUGUGACAAAUCAGUAAUUUAACAUUCACACGGAGAAUUUGAGCUUAUUUACAAAUGUAUUAGGCUAUCUUUGCUUAUUUUUAGUCAAGUGUGUUUUCAUCGUAAUGACUGAGCCGUAAGCAUAACUGUACAGUGCAAGUUCCAUUCUCUUUCAGUCCUCAACUCUGUUACUUUAAACAAGACUCGUAUUACACAUGCAGGAAAGAGGAGCUUGGAAGAUGGGCUUCAGUAAGCAUUUGGAUUUGGGUCACAUACUUAUGCUUAGUGGAUGCGCUACAAGCAUUGUCACUUAGUGGCAGUGCUUGCUUCCCUAUGCUGAAGUAAUCUUAACAUGAACUUUUUGUUUUGUAGUGUGUUUGUAUUCAAAUUAUGUUUUUUUUUUUUUUUUUUUUUUUAAAUCUGUUCAAAGCUGGUGCACAAAGAUGUCCUCGUAGGUCUAGGUGCUGUAUUAAUACGUCCAAAAUAUCUGUACAUUGUUGUGUGAAAGAAUCUAGUACACACUGCCAUCUUUCUUGAGCAUAAAAGUGAACCAGAAUGAGAACUCCAUUUUUCAUGUAAGAUUCAGUGCAAUAAACAUAGACUAAUGUGCAGAGUAAAAGUUUCUUUUUUUGUUGUUGUGACUGUCAACAUGAUAGGAUGUGUAAAAGGAAAUUUUGUUACACAAUAUACAAAAUGAUUCCAACCAUCCUAAUUGUUUUUAGUAAAGAGAAGACUUCAGAGGCAACCAUCAAGUGUAAAUAUACACUCAUUCUAGUAAACUUUCCAUAUGAACUUCCAUCCAUGCCAAAACAUUAAAAAACUAUAGGAUUUGUGUGGAAAGAAAUAAUGUAGACCCUAACAUAUAAACUGUUAAACUGUGUGUCUUUUGUUAGUGUGGUGAUAUUGCAUAAAUAAAGCCAUUUAUGUGGGUUCGUGUUUGGAUAACUCCUGUGUAAACAUUCUACAGAAGUUAGUGGGUUAUUCCUUGUCUAUUUUUAUCUAUGCUUUGUUAGAUGUUAGCUGGUGUCCACAGAAAUUCUUCCUAAAUCAAAUUUUGGAAGGACCAUGUAUUGUUGGAACAAAACAUUAUCCAGUAUUCCAUAUGUAAUAUGCAGUUCCAGAAACAAUUCUGAAUUGUCUAGGGCCAUUUAAAAUUAAAAGACACUACUAUGCAGUUUCGAGUUUCAUCAGCCUCGACCAAGCCUUAAAUGUUGGUGUAUCACUUUUUAAUUCCAUAGUUAGUGUUGCUGUUGUGUUAAAGUAUUUCAACACUUAAGAACAAUGUAUUCUGUGAAAUCGUAAUAAAUGACCUACUCCGGAAGAUCCUUUCAUGUAGCACAGCUCGGAUGCUGGGGGAUGCUUUUUUAGUCCAUCACUGGAAAUCUGUGCCUGCUAUACAGUGUCCUCUGAUGUUUGUUCACUGAUUGUGUAGGUACCGCAUUUAACCACACAAGCUGUCUUAAUUUGUGCCCUUGGUUCAUGAUAUUCUUGUUCUGCUGUUACCAUUUUCAUGCAGAGAAAGAUAACAAUUCUGAGUAUUUUUAUGAACAUUACAAUUGCUGUGGCAAAAAAAAAAUUGCUGCAGAAUUUUAUAAACAGUUUGUUUAAAUGAAAAUUAUCAUUAAAAUUUCUCUGCAAUAGCAUGUUGUAUGUAUUUUAGGCUUUACAUCAAACUUGUGGAAGAAAUUAUGGUUAAAAAAAAAACAGCAACUUGUACAGCACAGUACAAAUAAGCUUGUAUACUGCCUGUUUGUACACUUGUGGACAUUCACACGACCCAAGAUAGCUACAAGUUGUGGUUUUGAAGUGUUUGCCUUGUGCUCAGGUUAUUCCCAUAUGCCAAUGUGUACUAGACUAAGACUGGCUUGCACAGUCGUGACUUGAGGCACAGGAUAGUAUUCCUACACUGGAUUACCUGACUCUGCAAGCGGCCUUAAUGUGACAUUGAAGAGUAAAUCCUGUUGUGACGAAACUGCGUUGUGUUCCGCCACUUUUACUGUUGCCGUUUGUUUUAGGAUGAAAACAGUUCAAUAGUCAUGCAUGACAUAAAAAUCUUAAGAUUUUAUAUUUUGAGUAGAACAAAUGAAAUGGUAUUAUGCAUUUGUGGCCAACCAUUUUAGAAUAGGUGCGUAUAUUUUUGUAGUUAUGUACUAUCAAGCACAUUCUUCAGAAGUGUUAAGUAUUAUUAGAAUUGUAGAGUUUUAUGAAUACAUAAGUAAACAAGUGCCAUCUCAGCAUUAUAUUGCUGUAAGCAUUUGAUUUGACUGUAACAAUGUGUGAUUCUAUCCCUAGAUUUCCUAAAAGAUUUAUGUAUUUAAUACUACAAAUGUGUUAAAGUUUGUAAACAGAACAUGAUAUUUUUGAUGUUAUGAUUUAAUUCUGACGUAUUAUAUUGUGAUAUGUAAUAAUAUUUAUUAUAAAAAUGUGAUUUUUUUAUAUAGCACCUCACACAGUGAAAAAACUUACUUAACCUUUGUUUUACCCACAGAUAAUUUAUUAUAAAUAAUAUAACCAGAAUUGGCAUAAAUAACUUUGUAGUAAAUAAGUGAUAUGCAUUCAAUUUUGACAUAAGUUAAAAUUGCAAAUCUUUGGUGAAAUGAGGGAGAAUGUAUUAAUUGUGGCAAUGGAUAGUUAUGCAUGUCUGGGGAUAUGAAUAAAGCUUUGGAUUCAGAACUGGAACUUAAAAUUAUAAAGGCAUUUGAACCUAUUUUUCUCUUUUAAAUACAAUGAAGUCCUGCUAAUCCAAGCCCCGCUUAUUCGAAUGAGUUACGGGUAAAAUGGAUAUUUAAAAAAAUAUAUAUUUUUAUUUUAAAAAUUAUUUUUUGUCUUAUUUCAAUUGUUGUGAAGUUAAGUGUGCUGCUUGUCUUACACUAACCACGUACAUCUUUACUAAAUAGGUAUAUGCAAGAUAAACUUAUAAAAAACUAUAGCCAAGAAAAACAAGAAGUACUUGCAAAUAUAAUAAUAUACAAACUAAACUAACAAACCACGAGCAAAUAUAAAAAUAACAACAAAAAAUUAGCACAUAAGAUAAACAUGAUUCACCUAACGUAUAGGGUAUUAAAAAAGGAGUUUAAAAGGUUGUUUAUAAAUCUAUAUAAUAUAAUUUCAAUAGUUUCCAAAUAUUUUAUGACAGAACAUUCAAAAAAUCUAACCAAAUGUAAACAAUUCUUAAAAUACUAACACAUUUUUUUAUUAUAAUUAAUUCUCAUUCUCACAUAUUCAGUCAUACAUGGCUGCUACCACAGAUAAACCUGAUCAUUGGAGUUUAGCAAGUACUUACCUGAAUAAUGUUUUCUUAAAAACGGACACACAAAUUUUUAAUACCCUGUAACCUUUUGCAUUGCACCUUGGUUAAACACGGAAAGUGAAUUUGGAAGUCUGAUUGACUCUGGUAAUUCAUUCAAGAUAUGUGCAAUUGCCACAGAAAAGGAUUUUGAGUAUACAGCUGUUUUGUGUUGGGAGAUGAGCAAAGAACAAUUUCUCCAAGGGCGUGUACCUAUAUAAAGACGUGAACCAAGGUACUGAAAAUUGUCAGCAAGAGAGGAUGGGGACUGUGUCUUUAAUGUUUUCUUAAGCCCAAAAAGGAAAUGGAAUUGUCAUUGUUAGUAAAGUUUUAGCCAAGAAAAUCUAUUGCAAUAUGGGGCGGUGUGCUCAUGACUCCACAAAAUAAAAAUAAAAUGGACGCAUAAAUUUUGAAUAUGCUGUAACCUUUUGUAUUACACCUCGGUUGAUUCGCCAUAAACAGUAUCACAGUAAUAAAAAAUAUUGUUUACAAGAGACUGAAGUAAAUAUUUUUUAACUUAGGUCAACAAAAGCUGUUUUAGAUAUUUGAGGCCAUGCAAAGUGCCAAACCAAAUGUUUUUCUACUUAUCAGCGUUAAAUGUGGAGAUCAAUUUAGUGAACUAGAAAGCAAUCUUUUCAGAAUCAUCACAAAAUAUCUUUACAGCCAAAAUAUUUACCUAGGCACAAAUUACUACAUGACAUCUGCAAAAUUCUUUGAAAACAAUGAUAUUAAAAAAUGAUUAUUGUCUCUACAUUGCAAAGGCUACAAAAAUAUGACAAGAAUAAAUUAUGUUGAUUACAUGAAAGCUUAGCAAAGAACUAAAGUGACACACUAGUAAAAAAUUACCAUACUCUACACAAUAAGUUAAGUUAUUUAGACAAGUAAAUUACGUAAGAACUAUGCAGUGUCCCGAGGGAUCAAACCAAGCAUUAAACAUACAUAGGUAAAGCAAGCUUAACAAGUUAACACAAACAGGUGAUUAUUACGAAUGUGAACAAUUCAUCGUUCCAGGGUUCGAGCAUUUUAAACAUCACGGCGCAAUGCAAGUCGUGCUACGACCGCGACGUGGGUCAUACAGGUGACGAGAAUAGCAAACUACCGAGAUACACAUGUCUAGCAAAAAGUUACGUUACAAAGGAACAACAACAUAAUUUAACUUAGAGCAUGACCAAAAAAAAAAAACAGUUUGCAUGAGCAGAACAUGCCAAAGUGCACAAUGAUGCAACAUAAGUAGGCUGAAGUUAACAUGAAAAUGAAAGUACAAGGCUAAAUCCAAACAAUAAUUGUGAAGUGGCAAGCUGAAUCAAGUAAUCUCAUUGUCAAACUUACGGGAGCGGCCACUCGCACCAGCACAAAUCAUUCACCGUACUUAUGUCGUGUCAUGCCUGCACCUCUGAUGUGUGCACCACGGAACUCUCUCACUAUUUGCAAGCGACUUCAUGCGACAUUCAAAGUCCUGACCUAGUGACCUCGGUCACAAGCAAACAAUCAAUACCAGCUACCAAGAGAGGUUGAAGUUAUGCUAGCAGUUGCUUAUAUGCCCUACGGAGGUGCUAUCGUGCCUAGAGUGGAGGGGGAAGAAAUAGAAGUGGGACGGUUGGCAGGCACAUGACGUCAAAAAGCGGGUGAUUCCGCUUCAGAACGAUUCAUUUGCAAUCCAUUAUUUAUAGACAAUUUCAAAAUACCAUCGAGAUCCAUAUUUAACUUGCGUAUACCAUUUAUUAAAUCAUGAGGUGGAAAAGACAUGUAAACUUGUAAAUCAUCAGCAUAUAAGUGGUAUUAACAGUUCUGAACAGAUAAAGGAAGAUCAUUAAUAUGUGAGGAAAACAAAAGCAGGCCAAGUAUGGGACUCUGUGGAACACCUGAGCAGACAAGGCGCCAGACUGACAUUGACUUACCAGAUUUAACACACUGCUACGUGUUGGAUAAGUAAGAUUAAAACUAUGCAACAGCAUUAUCAGAGGGAUAUCAUUGUUAACAUUGUCAAAUGCUUUUUUGAAGUCUAAUAAACUGAGAAGUGUAAUAUGUUUGUUUUCGAUUUCAUGUUGAAUGUUAUUGAGUAUAAUGACAAGUGCAGUGUUUGUACUAUGAAGAUUUUUAAACCUGGACUUUUAUUUGACCAACAUGUGAUUUUCAGUUAGGUAAGCUCUCAUUUGACUAAGUACAGUGAACUCUAGCAGCUUGGAUCAACUGGAAGAAUAGUUGAAAGAUAAUCUCAGAUAGAUGGUGGUGACUAGGUUUUGGAGACAGGUAUAACAUAAGCUAAUUUCCACAAAGAGGGGAACUGAAUUUGCUAAAGAGAAACUGAAAUUAUUAAAGAGAAGAAUGAGUAAACAGGGAAGCAGUAAUUUCAUUACUGGAUAAGCAAAUUAUCCACACUUUCAGCACUGUUUUUUAUGCAGUAAACUGUUUUAUGGUUAUCUUUAAACAUUUUUAAAAGAAAACAUUAAUUCAGGAUGCGUAGAUUUCCUGUUGAUAUCUGAUUGUGUAUUGUUUUAUUAUUUGUAUGAUUACUAUAAUUUUACUUCUACAAUAAUAACUGUCUCUUAUUAACACUGCUUUAUUCUUUAUUAUCACUUCCUGCAUCGUUACAUGUUAUCCACUCCAACUCGUCUACCUUGUAUCACUGCUGCCAACACUCUCUCUUUUAAAGUCCCAAGUCUUUAUCAUACAGUAUUACACUUAAUAUCAGCAUAUAAAUGAAUUAUACAAGAACUGCAAGUUUUAAGCUGUCAGUUUUAACAUCAAAUCAAGUGUCUAGUUUCUUUUCUUCCAUACCCCUAACCUUCGUAGAUUUCUCCAGAGCUAAGCAGGCGACGUGAGAGAGCCAAGUGAAAGUGCACGAGUGAACCUAGCUUUGUGCACCUCUUGCGUACAGCUAUUUCUUUUUAAACUAUGUUUCGAAGUGCACAUCUGCUAAGUUAUUCGAUGACAAAUCUUUUGAACUGACUGUACACAGCAUCUCUCCAUGCCAUGAGUGAUGGGAUGGGAUAGAUAGCCUGGGUCAUCAGGGGAAGGAGGCGAAUGUGUUUCUUAAGGAAAUUGUCUAAAGGUAUUGCAGAAAAAAUUCACUUUAUUAUCAGUGGAAUAGAGGCUUUUUAUUUCUUCCCACGGAAUCUGCUGCCCAGCAGCAACUAAAGCAGCUUUGUCAAUAUUCUCCAAGUGUCUAAAAGUAAUAAUUUUUGCUGGAAAUUUAGGAACCUGAAUUGAAAAUGGCACCUAAAUCAAGUCAUGGCGACAAAGUCCAGGAGGUUAGAGGUGAUGUUAGAUCCAAGUAGAUAUGUGACAUGGCUUUGUGGUGUUUAGCGCUAAGAGGAUACAUAGAUAUAUUGCAGGAGUUAACCACGUUUUGAAACUGACUUGCUUCUGUGGAAUUUAAUAACGUAUUGUUAAAAUCACCCAUGGCAAUUAUGUGAAUGUAAUUGCUAGAGUUAUUCACAAGAUUUGUUUCAAAAUCACUGAAAUCAGCUACAUUAGGAGGUUUAUACACUACUCCUGGCUUACAGUUAUGUCUCUAAAAAUAAAGAUUUACGGACUGGGAGAGGAUGUACCAGGUCUCGGGUAUGAGAAUAGCACGGAGGCUUUGAUCGUGAAAAAAAGCUUCAAACUCCGAAUGGUGGGCAUUGCUGUGCGUCAGCUGUAUGCAUCUGGGGUAGGGGCGGACAAUAAAGGAUCAGCAACGAGCUGAGGACCAAGGGCAGGUCGCACAGUUCCGCGAAAUACUCUGACACUGGGCUCAGUACUGACAACAUCUGGAAAUAAUUACCCAUACUAAAAAUACUAAAAAGCAGAAAUUUUUGAAAACAAUAUCCACAGUACUCACCAGGUCUUCAGCCUGGCAGCUUGUGGUACAGUCAGCAAUUCCACUCAUGCACACACUUAUACCAUUGCUAUUAACUCUAAAUGCACUAUAAUAAUUGAUUUUCCUAACUAAAAAGAUGAGUCUCUAAUGGAUUAGAAUGUAAUGCCUAAAAUAAUUUCUGAGCAAAGAAUAUACACAAACACACACACUGAGAAUAAAGUAACACAAAUUAAUAUCACUAAAAUAAAAUGAAAGCAUACUUCUAAAUAAACAAAUAAGUUUGUCUGCAGCUUCGAACUAAACAUUAGAAUCCUUUUUCUAACUCCCAACACUGUUUUGCGCUGAUAUUUUCUUUUGCCGCCUUAAGAAUUUGCUGUCUCUCGUUUGUUAAAGACUCUGUGAUCACUAGUAGAAAACCUUUUAAGUAAUCUCUCGACAUGGAAUACUUGCAGUCUGUUUUGGUAGUUGAUAAAUUUUACUAUGAUAGGGGGUGAACUGUCUCUCACAACAUCAGCAACUGAACGUUUUGGUUUCCCGAUUCUGUGACACCUGGCAAUGUCAGAUUGACUUAACUCUAAUUGAAAACUGUCUUGUAUUACGUUUCUCUUGCUGUACUGCCAAAGAUCGUCCAACUUUUCAUCUUGAGAUGUGAGCUUCUCCUUGACUGCUUCAAGUCAAUGGUUGGUUUUGUCAAGUUUUGUUUUGAAAAUAACAGAAAAAGAAGCAAGGUCCUUUUGAAGUGUCUGAAUGUCCAGGUGCUAGUGGAACACUCAAAGCUGUUGGCAGACCUGCUUCUACAGGCCGUUGAGCUUGUUUGUCACCUUCUUUGGCAGUGUGGUGAACUAAAUAUGAACACAGUUACUAAGAAAAACAAAUUAAAAAAUGAUGUUUUGAUGCUAUUAUCAACAUGUUUAGUGAUUUUGUGCUUGUAAAAGUGUUAUAGAUUGUGUUACGUGAUAACUUAAUGUUUAUAGAGAUGUAUUUACUACAUGAUUUUGCAUUACGGCAAUUAUUCGGCUGAUCUGAAAAGGUCUUGGCCUCAAUUGGUUCGGAUUAGCAGGACUUUAAUGUGCGUAGUUAUUUAGCUCAGUCUCAAAUUUUGUGUAAAAUAAAAGAUAUUUCAGAAGGGUGUCAAUGUAAAGUCAUAGCCUUAAACCUAUCUCUAGACAAACAUAACUAUACUACUGUGCGGCAUUCCUAGUAUUAAAGAUUAAUACAUUUAAGACCAUAAAAUCAGGGUGGUUGACUUGAACCGUUACUGUAAUGUUGUUAUAUGAAUAUAUAAUGCAGAGAUUAUUGGAAAAAUGAAGUAUGUGAAAUAUCUGAUUUUAUUACAGUUAUCUGUAAAUAUGGCUGCUGUUGAGUGUUUGUCUUUAUUUGGAGAUGUUGCCAUGUGUGUGACACAUGUAUGUAGUUUUUAAUGUAGCAUUUUAUUUCUUAAUGUGUGUGUGGAUUGAGCAUUAGAUUCAACGUGAUCUGUGAAGAGCUUUAGAGAUCAAAAUGUGAUAAAAUUGUCAGGAUCAUGAUAGUCUGUCUUGCAAUUGCUCAAAGCGAUUAUGUUUUUAUAGAAUAGUGAUUGAAUAAAAUAUAAAAAGAGUAA